UUAUUUUAGUCUUGUCGAUUUUUCUGUAGCAUUCACUCAUAGUUGUCGAGAGACCAGCAAAAAAAGGAGCCGAGUAAUUUUCCGUUUUAUUUAAAAAGCAAGCAUUUUCACCUAAAAUCGUGAAUUAGUUAUAAUUUGUGUGAUUCGUAUAAAUUCCAAGUAGAACUCAUCACAAAAUUCAAGAUGUCGAAAACUUUAGAUUCGUCACCAAAUGCAUUGAUCAACAAAAAAGUGUUGGAUCGGUAUUUGAAUUUGGAAUUGCCAGAGAAUUUAAUUCAAGCAACUUACAUUUGGAUCGAUGGAACCGGACAAAAUGUACGCGCAAAAGAUCGUACACUUGACUUUGUGCCAAAAUCCGUAAAAGAACUUCCAAUUUGGAACUAUGACGGUAGUUCAACAUACCAAGCUGGUGGCACCAACUCUGAUGUCUACUUGCAUCCAGUUGCCAUCUACAAGGAUCCAUUCCGUCGUGGAAAACACAUUUUAGUAUUGUGCGAAACCUACUCAUAUGAUGGCACACCAACUGGCACCAAUCAUCGCAAAGAAUGUGCCGAAAUUGCAACCAAAUGCGCCGCCGAAGAACCAUGGUUUGGAAUUGAACAGGAAUACACUUUGUUGGACAUUGACGGACAACCACUUGGUUGGCCCAAAAAUGGUUUCCCCGGUCCACAAGGGCCAUACUAUUGCGGUGUUGGUGCCGAUAAAGUAUACGGUCGUGAUGUCGUUGAAGCUCAUUAUCGUGCCUGUUUGUAUGCUGGUGUUAAGAUUUGCGGUACAAACGCUGAAGUUAUGCCUGCACAAUGGGAAUUCCAAGUUGGACCAUGUGUGGGAGUUAGUGUCGGUGAUGACUUGUGGGUUGCACGUUUCUUAUUACACCGAAUUUCCGAAGAAUUUGGCAUUGUUGCCACACUCGACCCAAAACCAAUGACCGGUGACUGGAAUGGUGCUGGUGCACACACAAAUGUAUCAACAAAAUCGAUGCGUGAAAAGGGCGGAAUUACAACCAUCAAUGAUGCCGUUGAUAAGUUAUCAAAAUGCCACGAAAAACACAUCAAAGCCUACGAUCCAAAUGGAGGAAAAGACAAUGAACGUCGUUUGACUGGCCGACACGAAACCAGUUCAAUUCAUGAUUUUAGCGCCGGUGUUGCUCAUCGUGGUGCUUCAAUUCGCAUUCCCCGUGGUGUAGCCGAUGCUGGUUGCGGUUACUUCGAAGAUCGUCGCCCAUCAUCCAAUUGUGAUCCAUAUUCCGUUGUCGGAACCAUUCUAUCAACAAUCUGUUUAAAUAAGUAAACUAACACAUCGAAAGGAAUGAAAGUAAAGCCACAUAUUUCAAUUUAAGAUGAUAACAGCACAAUAAUCAGCUUUAUAAAAAAACAAAACAACAAAACAAAUCUAACUAACACAACGAUUUAUCUACACCAAUAACAAUUCAACAACAAAAAAAUCUAUAUGUAGAAGAGAAAGUUGAAUGUAUGGAAGAAUUUAUAUUAUAUACUAUUUUGAUUGUACAAAAAUAAAGUUCAAUGUUAAAAUUGUUGAAAAAUUUGAAACAAAA